CUGCGGCGAUUUUCAAUCCGUCACCAGUCUCACGGCAGUGUCUGUGCAACCUAAAUCGAGUGUGGUUUGUUUUUCGUGUCGCUCGCUACCGGUCCUCGCAAAAAAAAGUGCUAAAAAAUGGCUUGGGAAGGAAAGAAAUAUAAAUUGGACAAAUCUGAAAACUUCGAUGAAUACAUGAAGGCGCUCGGUGUCGGCUUGGUUCUCCGUAAAAUGGGCAACACUGUAUCACCAACUGUUGAAUUGACAAAGGAUGGAGACGAAUACACUCUAACAACUUCAUCAACAUUCAAAACAACCGCCAUCAAAUUCAAAGCCGAUGAGGAAUUCGAUGAAGAAACUGCUGAUGGACGUAAAGUAAAAAGUGUUUGCAAGUUCGAGAAUCCUAAUAAGCUUGUUCACGAGCAAAAAGGGGAAAAGCCAACCACUAUCAUCCGGGAGUUUACACCAGAGAGUAUGGUUGCUACCAUGACCAUCGAAGGCAUUAAAUGCAUCCGAGAAUACAAGGCUGUAUAAGCAAUUGUCCACUCCAUAAAAUAAAAGUAAAAAAUAAAGUCGACUGCCAAUGUUCCACCACACGUGUAUGCAUUACCAAAUCGCGGACACUCGAAUAUGAAUGUACAUCUGCGUUGUACGCUUAGUUAAAUUAAUUUUUCCAAUGAUAUGUAUCGCCAAUACUGAAUAACUUCUAGUUCGUAGGAUUGCAUGGCAGAUCUUUAUUUUCUUUUUUGUACUGAUUUCGUUUUAUACAGAAGGAAUUUGUUGAAUUUAUUUUGGACUGGAUUAUGUUUUCUUUUUGAUAUGAACUCUAAUUAUUGUCGCACUGCACAGCACACUAAUAUGACUCUGAAAAACAAGACUAGAAGAUAUAAUGUUCACAAUUGCACAAAAGGUGAUGUAAAUUUAUCGAAUUGAUAGAUCGAAAAUGAAAACUAUUUAGAUGAGGAAAUUGCGAAAUAAAAGUUAUCUAUAUCUUAAA